CUCUCACAGACAGGAUUUGAGCGCUGCUCGUCCUGCUGACCUCGAAAAACUUUAUUGCAGCGAAUGGAAGUAUCUAUAUGUAAGUGGACUUGCGGCUUACGAGAACUUGAACCUGCAGGGAGAGAGAAAAAGCUAAAGGGUAACGAGACAUAACGGAGUUUGGAGUAGAGCAUCAGCUAACAGGCUAACUAACAUAUAGAAGAGUGUUAAGGAUGUUGGAGGGCGCGUGCCGGGAUGGCUACCUGUCUGUGGAAGAGCUAGAGGCAGGACAGCUGCUGCCCAAGCAUGACACAACCUGUGAUGAUCUAGAGAGCAAGCUGACUGUCGGGCAGUACGUGCUCUGCCGCUGGUCUGAUGGCCUUUACUACUUGGGCAAGAUUCAAAGGGUAAGCUCUUCAAAGCAGAGCUGCUUUGUCACAUUUGAAGACAACUCCAAAUUCUGGGUGCUCUGGAAAGACAUACAGCACGCCGGGAUACCUGGAGAAGAGCCCGAGUGCUCUUUGUGCUCGGAGAUGGCUAUGGUGUCGGAAAAUAAAAUCCUAAUCUGUGGGAAAUGUGGAAUUGGGUACCACCAGCUGUGCCACAUCCCACUGGUGGAGAGCUCAGCUGACCUAUCACCAUGGUUCUGCAGGAAGUGCAUUUUUGCUCUUGCUGUCAGAAAAGGGGGUGCGCUGAAAAAGGGUCCCAUAGCCAAAGCACUGCAGGCUAUGAAGCAGGUGCUUACCUACAACACUGAGGAACUGGAGUGGGACUCACUUCAUCGCACCAACCACCAACAGUGCUACUGCUACUGCGGUGGACCUGGAGAAUGGUACCUAAAAAUGCUGCAGUGUUUCCGCUGUGAGCAGUGGUUUCAUGAAGCUUGCACACAGUGUCUACAAGAGUCCAUGAUGUUUGGAGAUAGGUUUUACUUGUUCAUUUGUGCCGUGUGCAAUAAAGGAGCGGAGUACAUCAAACGCCUGGCCCUGCGCUGGGUGGAUGUGGUCCAUCUCGCACUGUACAACCUGGGAGUGCAGAGUAAGAAAAAGUACUUUGAACUGGAGGAGAUCCUCAGUUUCAUCAGCAACAACUGGGAUCAUUUCCAGCUGGGCAAGCUUGCCAAUACCCCUCCUUCAGAGAGAGCCCAGUUCAUUCUUGAUGCUCUUAACAACUACAAAAGCAAGUUUCUCUGCGGAAAGGAGAUCAAAAAAAGAAAAUGUAUCUUUCGGCUGAGGACGCGAGUUCCCCCCAACCCUCCCUCCAAACUCUUUCCAGAGAAAACCCUGAAAAAGGAAACGAGAAGGGGCUGUAAAAGUGGAGGCUUACGCAACGGUUGUGCUUCGGUAGAGAAGAGGAAGAAGAAAAGGUCCAAAUGGCUGCUAGAGGAUGCAAUUCCAAAUAAUGAGAUGACUUCUACCUGGAGCACCAAUCACCACAUGGCUAAUAUCUUUGACUUCACGCUUGAUGAGCUGCAGAGCCUUAAAAGUACCAGUUCAGGACGGACAUUCAGUCUCGAUCAGGACUCCACAGACGCAGCAAGCACUUCAGGCUCCGCUACCACCAGUGUGUCUUAUGAAUUCAGGAAAAAUGUGGGCAGUCGCAAGAGGAAGCUUCCCUCGUCCAACUACAGCUCGUUGGCCAGUAAGCGGGAAGCAUUAGAGAACGAGCUGAGCCCGGUUGGUACGCCAGUGACCGAGUCUGGGGGCGUUAUGGAGAGUGCCAUCGACAGCCACACCUUCGAGAGCCUGAGUGAAGACGACGCAUCCCUCUCACACCUCAAAUCAUCCAUCACCAGCUACUUCGGUGCGGCAGGGAGGCUCACGUGUGGCGAAAAGUAUCAGGUCCUGGCUCGCAGGGUUACGCCAGAGGGCAAGGUGCAGUACCUGGUGGAGUGGGAAGGCACCACACCCUACUGAGUGCUCACAGAGGGUUCUUCAGUUCCAGGCUUGGAGAGUAACAGUAAUGCACAGUCUGUCCAGGGUGUACAAAUUA